GAGUUUCGGCAACACAUUAAGUUUCGGCAACAGAGUUAUUUUUAGGAGCCGAUGAUUUUGUUACCUUUUUUUUUUAACAACUCGAUGUUAUUAGGAAAGAGUGACUUCAUUAUUUUACUUCUACUAUUGUAAAUGACCUUCUUUACCUCUCGUAUUUCCAACUUUUAGAUACAACCACGCAAAACCCGAACCCUUUUUGGUAAAUAAUCAUGUCUAUGUCUACAUCAUGCUCACUGAAUUCAAUUUUGGAAUCAUCACUUGUAUAUAUAAGCGUAAACUUGUUUCUCAGUAAAAUCAAUCAGCCUCUUCUCUUUUCAAUAUACUUGUCGUUCUUUUGCUUUUCUGUUCAAUAUGAAGCUCAAUUCUUCUUAUAAAUCACUUCUUCUGUUACUGCUAGUAGUUCUGGUUCAAUUUCUCCAUUACCCAGUUUUCGUCUCUGCCGAGUGCACAUGCGAACCAGAAGAUGAAGAAGGUGUUAACAAAAGCCAAGCACUUAAACUCAAAUUCAUAUCUAUUUCUGUCAUUCUUACUGCAAGUGCAAUUGGUGUAUGCCUUCCAAUAUUAGGACGAAACAUUCCGGCUUUACAUCCAGACAGCAAUGUUUUCUCCGUUGUUAAAUCGUUUGCUGCUGGUGUCAUUCUAGCAACAGGUUUCAUUCACAUAUUGCCGGAUGCGUUUGACGAUUUGACAUCUCCAUGUCUGAAAGAGCACCCAUGGCAUGAUUUCCCGUUUACGGGUUUCAUUGCCAUGGUGUCCGCUAUGUUGACAUUGAUGGCCGAUUCUUCAGCUACCGGUUAUUAUAGGAGAUCAGAAUUGAAGAAAAAAUUGAGUCAUAAUAGAGAUGAAACAAAAGUUGGUGCGACUCUUGGAGAUGAUGAACAGGAAGCAGGAUGCAAAAUGGAGGUUAAUACCCACACAACACACGGUCAUGCACAUGGAUCAUCGCUAUCGUCCUCAGCUGAUAUGCUUCUGCGACACAAAGUCAUAACUCAGGUAUUGGAGUUGGGAAUAUUGGUGCACUCUGUGAUCAUAGGUGUAGCAGUGGGUGUCUCACAAAGUCCUUCCACAAUCAGGCCUCUUAUGGGAGCAUUAGCUUUCCAUCAGCUUUUCGAAGGCUUGGGACUUGGCGGAUGCAUAGCACAAGCAAAAUUCAAUGCCAAAUAUGUUAUUUGGAUGUGUGCAUUCUUCGCGCUAACUACACCAGCUGGUGUCGGAAUUGGAAUUGGAAUUACAAAUGUUUACAGCGAAACUAGUCCUACGGCUCUGAUAGUUCAAGGAGUUAUGAAUGCGGCUGCAGCUGGAAUUUUGAUUUACAUGUCAUUGGUGGACCUUUUAGCAGCUAUCUUCAUGGACCCUAAGCUUCAAGAAAGGGGUUGGCUCCAAUUUGGGUCGUAUGUUUCGCUAUUUUUAGGUGCUGGUGCUAUGUCGCUCAUUGCCAAAUGGGCCUAAGAAGAAUCCAUUGCUGAUCAUGAUUUUUUUAUUUUUGAUAUGUUCCUCAUUGAUCAUGAAUUUUAGUGAUGGUAAUUUAGACUUAAGCAGAGAGAAUAGAAUGAUGUAUAGAGGCCUAGA